CCUGCUUGCCACAUCCACAUCAUGCAUGAAUAAAUGAACCUUCCCGACGCCAUCAUCAUCAUCAUCAUCAUCACAUGCGAUGCCCAUCAGAUGUUUCCACAGACGCAUAGUGAUGAGUUGAUCAACAGUUGAGGACGUGAGCUCAGCUGUGCAGCUCUCAGCAGUCAGUCACACACGCACACGCACACACGGUGAUCUGGAUCAGAUCAGAUGUCCUCUGCUCGGAGACUGGGACUGUCCGCGGAUGUGUGUGUGUGUUGUGAUGCAGGCAUGAGACUCUCGAGCGCAUAUGGGAGGUAAAGCAGCAUGCUCGUGUGUUCUGCAUCAGUGUGUCAUUGACUCCGGCUCUGCAAGGAUCUUAUCACGGCAUUGCGGUGAGUGGAGAAGUUGUGUGGGAUAGUCUCUGUGUCCAGCACUCAUCUGUACACUGCAGUCUCGCCUGUGACCAGUGUGUGACUGCUGCUGGCAUCGCUGUGAGGAUCAACUCGACCAUCCGACCAUAUUAAACGGUCAUUCUUCUAUCCAGCUAUAUAUCCUUAUUAACAAACUCAGAGGAUGUUUCCAUUUUAAACUGGAGAACUUCACCUCUUAAGAAGACAUGGGACUUGGACAGUCUAGCAGGACAUCCGUCAGUGAUGACCCAGCGGAGAUCAAUUUUGACCACUUUCAGAUCUUGAGAGCCAUUGGUAAAGGCAGUUUUGGGAAAGUAUGCAUUGUUCAGAAAAAGGACACAAAGAAAAUGUACGCCAUGAAGUAUAUGAACAAACUUCAGUGUGUGGAGCGCAACGAGGUGCGCAACGUCUUCAAAGAGCUCCAGAUAAUGCAGAACCUAGAGCACCCGUUCCUGGUCAAUUUCUGGUACUCAUUUCAAGACGAAGAGGACAUGUUCAUGGUAGUUGACCUGCUGCUGGGAGGAGACCUGCGUUAUCAUCUACAACAGAAUGUGCACUUUACAGAGAGCACUGUGAAGCACUAUGUGUGUGAAAUCGCCCUGGCUUUGCACUACCUGCGCAACAAACACAUCAUCCACAGAGACAUUAAGCCAGACAACAUUUUACUGGACGAGCACGGUCACGCUCACCUGACAGAUUUUAACAUAGCUGCUAUUGUGAAGGAAGACUUAAAAGCCACAUCUAUUGCAGGGACAAAACCAUACAUGGCCCCAGAACUGUUCCAGUCGUUCGAGGGAACGCACCCAGGUUACUCUUUCUCAGUGGACUGGUGGUCUUUAGGAAUUACUGCAUAUGAGCUUCUCCGAGGACAGAGGCCGUACAUCAUGCGCACUAACACACCAGCCAAUGAGAUCCUGCAAACUUUCCACAAAGCGCACCCCUGUUACCCAGCGGCCUGGUCUUCAGGGAUCAAGUCUCUCCUACAAAUGCUGUUGUGUGUAGAUGCGCAGAAGAGGAUUUCCUGUCUCUCGGAGCUCCAGGACUUGGAAUACCUCUCUGAUGUCAAUUGGGAUGCUGUGCUGAGCAAACAAAUCCCACCUGGCUUCCUCCCUAAUAGGCGACGACUAAACUGUGACCCCACAUUUGAGCUGGAGGAGAUGAUCCUGGAAUCCAAACCGUUGCAUAAGAAGAAGAAGAGGUUGGCGAGGAAGACGAGGGAGAGCGGCUCUGAUGGAUCUCCUCAGAAUGGGCAAAUCCAACAACGCUUAGAGACUGUCCAAAGAGAUUUCAUCGUCUUCAACAGGGAAAAGUUGCGGAAAACCAAAGCUGACGCGGAGACCAACAACCUCAAUGCAGAAGAGACAAACAAAGCCAUUCAAGACGGACAGAACAACAACGUACAGCACUGUUUAUCAAGUUAACAUUUGGCCAGAGGGACACGCCACAGCUUUCUUAUUUCACUCCAAGCUCAUGGCGAAGCAGACGCCCCACUGCAAUUUCCAUGGAAAAACCCCAGAAAAUGCAUGAGAAAAUCCAUGGAGCAUCAUGGGUUCCAGGAUGGAUUCAUCAAGCUAGCGUGCCCCUCAUGCUCCGCAUUCACUCAAAAACUGAUGGCGUACGGUGGUUUACAGUGACUGACAUAAAACUGAAUACAACAAAAUACCAUUUUCAAAAAAAUAACUGAAUGACGACGUUCUCUGCACCUGGCCGUGAAAAUGUGUGCCUUACUAGUUUAAUGGAUUUCCCCUAAUGCGUUUGGAGGCACAUGAAGAUUUACUGCUGUCUGAUUCAGCGAGUGAUCAGACUCGAGCCAUUCGCCAUGAUUUAUAAAGCUGCUCUUCUUAACGUACAAAUGCAGAGAACAGAACGCGAAAGAUAUUUAUUUCACCUCAUUAAUGCGUACGUGAUUCAUUCAAUCCAUGUAAAUGUGAAUCUUACAGAGCUGCAAAAUACUGUCGUUUAUGCCACUGAGAAUACUUUUUGGCCUUUCUGAAUCUAAAGCUUUUUUGGAGAUUCAUUGCUGGAUCCCAUUGUGCUGCUUGAUUAAGAUAUUGACGACACUGAACAGAUAAACUGAUAAUAAAACAAUUUAAGAGCAUCAUCUGACAAGUCUAAAUGAGGUUUGCAUAGCUUAGGAAUAUUCACACAAGGUUGUUUCUGGCUCAUUUAUAAAACAAGGUUUAGAUUUGUAACAUAAAAAAUCCCCUGCACUGUUGAAAAAAAAAAAGAAAACAUCUUAAAUGAAAACGUGCUGUUUAAGUUUGGUGGAAACGUACAAAAUAUUACUCAUCUGAAAUCUCCGUUUCUCAAGAUGAAUGAAAAUCGCCAUCUAGUGGCCAGGUGAAUAUUAAAUAUAACAAACUACACACAAAAACGACCAUUUGUUUUGCUUUGUUAUUAUUAUAAUCUAAUUUAGAAGGUUUUAUAGGUCAGGGUGAUGUUUUAUGCUGUUUCCACUGAUUAUGUAAAUGAGAAUUUGGACUGAAUGUAGACUGAGUUUGUAUAGAGAUUUGCAAAUCAAACCUUCAGUUUGAGAUACACCGCUUACUGUGUUUGAGAACUUGAUAGCAAACAGAAUAGAACUGUUUAUGUCUUAACACUUCAUCCAGUGAGAACAAUGAAAUCAAACGAUAUUGUCACAUCAUACUCUCUAAAAAUGCUGGGUCGUUUUAACCCAACUUUGGGUCAAAUAUGGACAAACCCAAACGUUUG